UAUGUAAUAGAUAGAUAGUACAUGAGAGUUCAACCGAGUUUUGGUGUAAGUUAAGUUAGAAUUAUUUAUGUCCCAUAAUGUCAUGCGGAAGAUUCAUAACAAGAAAUUUUGUAAAAUUUGGAAUAAUCUAGUAUUAAGGGGGCACGUUAAUUCUGUUAUCUACUGACUUGAUUGGCGAUUAAUCGGUUGAUUAGUCGGAUAAUCAACCAAUUAAUUUUCAGUCAUAAAAUGAUUCCUAAAAUGGGAAAUCUUUUAUAACACGGAAUAACCAAGAGGAAAUCAGAAUAAUGUAAUUUUUAAUAUGGUUUCAAAUAUAGUCAAAGGCUCAAAGCUGAUAAGUGGUUAACAGUGUCUAUAAAUAAGCUUAUAGGAGAGUGAGCAAGUCUCAUACCUCCCAACACAAACAACUAAAAAUAUUUCUCAAAGUAACUUCUCUCAUUUCUUUCCAUUUUCUACUUUAUCAUUUGAACAUAUCCCUUAGCUACAAAGAACUAACCCUUUAACAUAUAAAUACAUUAGUACACACACAAAAACAAGUAGACAACAAAAAGUUGAAAAGAGCGGUGAUGGACAACAAAAAGUCGGUAUCUGGUUCUUCUUCAUCUUCCUCUUCGUCGUUGGAUCAUAUUUUUGGUCCAAGAGUCUCUUCCUCGUCUUCUUCAUCAACAACAGGAUUGUUCCAAUCCAUUUUCCCACUACCUUCAACGGUGAUGCAAGCGAACUCGGCAAGUCGAAAUGAAGCUGCCAAAUAUCAAACUACAAAUUUUGGGAUUCCAAAUGAAAGAGGAGAAAGGAGCAAAAAUAAGGAGAGAAAGAGUUACCAAAGUGAAGAAACACAACCACCAUGCAACUUGAGCUCAUCCAUAUACUAUGGAGGCCAAGAUAACUAUUCCUCUUCAACCACCAAUCCAGAUGCUUAUAAGAAAGAUGGAGAGGAAGGCGAUUCCGAAAGUGCUUCAAGAGGAAACUGGUGGGAAGGUAAAACUACAAACAUUUCUUUUAUAUUUUACAUUUUUUUUUAGCAUUUAUAGAUCUUUUCUAUGAGGAAAUCACUUAUACAUAAUCAACAUAUGCAGGAUCGUUUAACUACUAAUUAAAAACCCCUAGCCGAUGAUGCACAAUAACUGCUAAACUGCUAAGGAACCUUAAUAAAGUGAAUAUGGAAGUUGGCAUAUAGAAAUAUACCUACAAAUUUAAACCAAAAAAAAGUGUGAAAGUAUAUACACAUGUCUUAAAAACGACUUAAGAAAGAAAAGUAACAAAAAAAGAGGGUGUAUAGUAGUAUAUCUUACUACAUAAGAUGAAAUCAACGUCUAUAUAAAAGGGCUUGACGUGUUGGUUCUUUAUGUUUCGACAAAGGCAACAAGUUAGACAAGUCUCUUUAUAAUGAAAUCUACGUCUAUGUCCAAUAGUCUUUGUAUUUAAACUUUCAUAUGUAAUCCAAUAUCAUAUCGUAUGUAAUUAUAUUAUAUCAUAGUAAUCACUAGCUAAUCAAACAUUUCGUUUGUUAGUAUCAGCAACAAAGUGUUUUUUUUUUUGUUUUUGUUUACAUUUUUCUUCAU